CGUUGUGGGUGUUGAUCAACGGCGUGGAAAAGCCACUAUCGGUCGGCAAAUCCUACACGUUCGAAUGUAUCACUGGCGGAUCUCGUCCCUCCGUCAACGUUCGCUGGUAUCUUCACUCCAUCCAGCAGCCAGCCAAGGAGCGGAUAACGAUGGACGGUAGCAACACAACGAGCACCUUGAAGCUGAUGCCUACGGCCAAGGACCAUGAUGCUGAACUGAUCUGCUUGGCCAUCAAUCCGGUUUUGGCCGUCAGAAACGGCAGCAUUGAAAAUAAUGGGACCAUUUCUUCCGUCGAGACCCGCCGGAAACUCGUCGUACACUUUGCUCCGACGGCAGAACUGGAACUGGGACGCAAUCUGAAACCGGACUCGAUAGCUGAGGGCAACGACGUCUACUUUGAUUGCCGCAUUCGCUCCAAUCCACCACCGCUGCGCUUCUUAUGGACUCAUGAGGGACAGACCAUACGAGAAAACGCAGCUGCUGGGGUUAUCAUUGUGGAACAAAGUUUAGUUAUCCGGCGAGUCUCUUGCUCUCAUUCCGGUCGCUAUUCCUGCACAGCGGUCAACACCGAAGGCAGUGGAGUCAGCAACACCGUCCAACUUCGCGUCAUGUUCCAGCCGGUCUGUCGUCCAGGUCAGAAAAUCUUGUACGGAGUGGUCAAACAUGAAAUGGUCGUCGUCCAGUGCCAAACAGACGCCAUUCCACCGGCCCAUUCGCACCGGUGGGAGUUUAAUACCUCCCUGUCAGACGUCGUCGAGUUACAGGACAAUCAAAUGUUUCAAACAACCAGCCCUACUGAUGAAGGUGCAGAGGGGGACGGGACGAGCGUCAUUUCCUACUCGCCACAAUCGGAUCGCGAUUACGGCAGCCUCAUCUGCUGGGCGCGCAACGUGAUUGGCGAGCAACGGGAGCCUUGCGUCUAUCGCAUUUUCCUCGGAGUGCGUCCGGAUCCACCGAGCAAUUGUUCGGUGUUGAAUCAAACGGCUGAGGCGGUGGAAGUUUGGUGCCGGCCGGGAUUCGACGGUGGUCACCCGCAACUGUUUCAAUUCGAAAUCUUCGAUACGCAGUCGGCCGUUCUCCUUUACAACAAAUCCGGACGGUAUCCGCAUUUGCGCGUCGGCAACCUCGAAUCCGGAAUCAAGCUCUUCAUUCAAGUUUCGGCAUUCAAUCAACGGGGUAGGUCGCCACUUGUCCCUUUGGAGGCAUACACCAUCAAAAUCGCUGACAAACAAACAGUUAUUAUGGAGACAAGGGACUGGGCUUCGAUUCUGGGUAUUGCUAGCGGCGUGUCUGCCACGAUCCUGAUUGUGUGCAUCGCCAUAGGACUGACUGCCAGGUUCCGGCGACAAAAUCAACAACCGAACCACGAACGUCAUCAUCCCAUUAAAAUGGAUAGAAUAAAUGAUACGACGAUGACUGUCAACGCUAACGCGGGCGAUGAGCUUCAACAUAAUAAUGAAGAUCCCGAUAUCAUCAUUAAUAGUAAUUCUGUUCACGAACAGCAGUUUCCGGAGCACCUCAAUCACGCCUCUGCAUCAUCACCUUAUCGUAGAACUGAAGCAGCAGAUUGGACUCAACGGGAAAAUGAAUCUACUCACAUAAACUAUUGUACCCAUUCGGAUAUCGACAAGCCCAUCGUCGUUGGAGUUCAAUAUUAUCAUUCGCUCAACAGACAAGAGGAAACCGGAAAGCCUUGGAUGACCGACGAUCUGGACACUAUCGUCUCCGUCAAAACCCCUUAUCGACAGAAACAAAUUCCUGUUCAUCUUUUGUAACCGGCAGGACCCACAUUUCGACUAUGCGUUGGUUGUACACGUAAACAAGCCAGCUGCAUGCUCAGCUACCGGAGAUUAAAUUACUGGUACGGUUGAGCAAUAAUCGUCCAAGAUCAACAUAAUUUCGGAUUAUUUCGGACUGUUUCUAAGCGCCACUGGAGUUCAACAUCCGCAUCCCGCAACGGCAAACGUCUAGAAACCAACAAAAUGAAGAGCGAAACUGCGCAAGUCGAUAUCAACUUUUUCUUUGGCGGAACAAACCUCAAUCACAUUCCUUCAAAGAGCUGGGAUUUACUGUAGAAAUUGGACUUGCGCACAUACCUCAGCAGUCGACCAAAUUCUAUUGACUCCAUUCAACGGCCCAUCACGUUGUCACAACGCACAUUGAUUUAAUGAUUUCUAUAUUGUAUGGAAAGAAGGGCGGUCCUGUAUCAUCAUCAGAUAUUAAAUUAUCGACAAGUUUGUUUGAACUAUGGGGCCUUUUCUUUAUCUAAUGUAAAAUUCCUCAGUUUUACUAAUAAUAAGUCAUUAUACCGGUACUCGGAUUGUAAAUAGCGCUUAACUUUUCAAUUGUAUUUUGAAUUAAUUAUAUGCUUAUUUGGUGCCAAAGUAUUUAUGUAUACCAGCAGAUAUCUUUCGUACUAUACGUAACUGGAUUUUCAUUGCGUGUUUGCCGUCGUUGGUGAACUGCCAAUCCUCGGACACGAUGAGAAUAUAUAGACAUGGUUUGUCGGAUCACUCACCUCACAAAGUCACUCUUACAAGGAGAUAAAUGAUUACAUUUUAACGAAUUAUCGUGAUCAUGAAAACUUUGAAAAGGUAUCUUGAAAUAAAAAUUGUUUCUGCUAUUUUUAAACAA